AUGUCUCUUACGGAAUCAUCUGCCCAUGACAUCGCUAAGGCUGGCUCUCUAGCCUCUCGUCGUCUAGCCGUCCUGUCCGAAAUAGACCGCAAUGAGGCAUUGACAUCACUUCACAAUGCCUUGUCAAAGAACAAGAGUUCCAUCUUGGAGGCAAAUUCUAGGGAUGUGGAGAUCGCGACGUGUGCUGCAGAAAGCGGUAACCUGAGCCACAGUGUCCUAAAGCGACUCGACUUAUCGAGGCCGGGAAAGUAUGAUGACAUGUUGCAGGGUAUAUUGAGUGUGCGGGAUCUAAAGGAUCCGAUCGGAGAUGUCACCCUACGGACGCUUGUAGACGACGGACUUGUUCUAGAAAGAGUGAGCUGCCCAAUUGGUGUCUUGCUCAUUAUUUUUGAAGCUCGCCCAGAGGUCAUUGCAAAUAUAGCGGCGUUGGCAAUUAAAUCAGGGAAUUCUGCAAUCCUCAAAGGUGGGAAAGAGUCGACGCAAACCUUCGUUACUAUCUCGAAAGUUAUCUCUGAGGCCAUUUCAAAUACCAAGGUUCCUGAGUCAUCAGUUCAACUAGUUGUAACAAGAGAUGUCGUUGCCUCAUUACUUGCCCAGGACAGACUAAUCGACCUCGUCAUCCCUCGAGGUUCGAACGAUCUCGUCCGUUACGUCAAGGAUAAUACGAAAAUCCCUGUACUUGGUCAUGCCGAUGGGAUUUGUUCCGCAUACCUUCACUCUGAUGCAGACGCAGACAUUGCCAUUAAGGUAGUCGUGGACUCCAAAACCGAUUACCCGGCCGCUUGCAAUUCCCUUGAAACAUUGCUCGUGCAUCAGGAUUGCCUUGAGACUAUUUUCCCCAAGAUCGCCGAAGCACUAUUCACGAAACGGGUGUGUCUCCGCUGUGACGCACCUGCAAAAGCGGCGCUAUCAGAGAAAUUGCCAACUAUACCGGAUGGCUUGCUGCUGGAUGCUACCGAUGCCGACUAUGAUACCGAGUUUUUGGACCUCAUCUUGGCUGUCAAAACAAUUGCCUCGACAUCGCAGCCCAGCGCUGCUAUUGAAAAGGCAGUUGAUCAUAUAAAUUCACAUUCGUCUGGACACACCGACGUCAUCUUGACUGCGUCAAAGCAGGCAGCAGACAUGUUCAUGAACAGCAUUGAUAGUGCGGGUGUCUUCUGGAAUGCUUCGACAAGAUUCGCAGACGGGAUGAGGUAUGGUUUUGGUACUGAGGUUGGGAUCAGUACGAACAAGAUACACACGAGAGGCCCGGUUGGACUGGAUGGUUUGACCAUCUACAAGUAUAAGCUUAGGGGGGAAGGCCACACCGCGGGUGAUUACCAUGAAGGUGCUGGGGGUAAGAGGUGGAAACAUGAAAGUUUGCCGGUACAUAACAUCAGUUAG